CCGAAACCGUGUCUCGUCGUUAUCACACCGUGGUGCGCGUCCACGUUUUGUUGGUUCCUUCUCUCCUUUUCGGAAGAUGUCACGCCAGACAACAGGUCCUUCUGGAAGCAGCGCAAAGGGUUUUUUUCGGGGGGAAAGAAAAGUUUUUCGCCCGGUUCACCAUGGGGAGUUGAUUGUCUGGUGGCUUUAGAUCCGGUUUCUUGCUCACCCAGCGCGCGUGUGACAAUCGGUUGGUCAGCAAUCAAUGCGCACCGUCCAUCCUCCCCACCCGAAUCGCAGCGUCCACAUCCGUUCUGAACGAUGCUGGCAUUGGGCCCACCGAUCGUGCCACGCUCAGUUGCUGCUGGAACACGAAGCUUGUCGCAGUGUGUCUGCUCCUUCGGUGGGUCAUAGAGUACCGGGACCAAGCGACACCAGUUAGCGAUGACGACGAGCCGGUGGUGUGGCGGGACGGUGGUGUGUGUAGUGCUGCUGCUGCCAUACUGUCUCGCGAAUCUCUACUGCCAGCGGAGUCUGUGCCCGGGCGGUGAUGCGCACGUCGGCUGCUACUCGGAGAUCCCGUUCGGCAAGAGCUGUCAGGGGAUGAAGCCACAGAUCGUGCCGAUGACGCCGCAGCGCAAGACGCUAAUCCUCCACCAGCACAACCAGCAACGGCAACGGUUGGCACUCGGGCAACUGCCCGGGUACGCGCCGGCCUACCGUAUGCCGCAGCUGUACUGGGACGAUGAGCUCCAGUAUCUGGCGGAGCUGAACGCGCGGUCCUGUGUGUACGCGCACGACCACUGCCGCAACACGUACAGCUUCCCGCGGGCCGGUCAAAACAUUGCCAUCAUCCGGCACUUCGGGCUGAACGUCACCAAGGAGGAUGUGUUCCGGUACAUCAUCAACCACUGGUACAACGAGUACCCGCUGGCGACGUCCUUCGUCGAUCGGUAUCCGGCGAACUACGUCGGGCCCGAGUUCGCACACUUCACGCAGAUUGUGAACGAUCGGGCGGUGCGGGUAGCGUGCGGUAUGGUGUCCUGGGAGUCGUACAACGGGUACGUCUGGACGAACGAUUAUCUCGUGUGCAACUACGGCUACUCGAACGUGAUCGGCGAUCGAUCGUACACGAAGGGACCGGUCGGGCAGGGCUGUACGACCGGUGCCAGCACCAACUAUCCCGGACUCUGCUUCUAGCCUCACCGACGCCAGACACUCACGCACAUGGGAUCUUCAUUCAUCGGAGCAAGCCACACGCACGCACACAGUCGCAAGAGGAAGUAAAGUUGAAGGCCGGGCCGGGCUUGGUCGGAGGACGUUAAGAUGCUAAUUUUGCAACUCACUCGCAAACACUCAACGAUCGUCGAGGAAGUAGCGUGUCGCGUGAAGCGGCACCGCGUUCUUAUCAGGUCCCCCAGGUGGCAACU